CACGCUUGAAGUCACUGAGCUCUUCAAAACGACCCAGUUUGUAUCAUAAAUGUUUACAAGUAUGAUAAUAAAUCCAUUGAAUGAAGACUUCUCCAGCUCACAGCGUCUGGAUAAGCCCGCCUUUCUGAGAGUGACGUAUGCACGCUCUACGGUAUGCCACUUGUGAGCAAGAGCAAAAAGCGCGGACAGUGGAAUUACAGGGUGAUUAGGAGAAUAAAGGCGAAGAGCCAUUAAAAUGGACACAAGGCCAAAAAGAAAACUUCGAUCUGCGAAAGAGCUAACUGAAGAUGGAAACAAAGAUGAAGAGCCUCAUAGUGACCCAGGAAGUAGUUCCAGAGUUGAAACGGAAGCAGCUGAAAUUCCUACCACACCUUCAAAGGAAGAUGAGGUCACCAGUGGAUGUUCUACAUCACACAGACCUGAGGAGUCCCAGUCCUCGGCAGUGCAGGAUUCUGGUGAACACAAGCAGCCGAACAUAGCUCCCACUAAAGAGAGAGAUGAUGACUGUACUUGCUCUCUGUGUGACUUUGUAGCAAAAACCCCAACUGCCCUGAAGAUUCAUGCUAAAAGAAAGCAUUUCCGCAGAGGUGGUGGUUCUCGGAGUGAAAGUGCCCAGGGCAGGAAGACCAACAAAGAGGUAUCAAAAGCUGUUUCCGUCACAGCUAAGAGACGUGAUGACAAGAAGAGCUCACAACAUGAAGAACACAAUCCACAGGCUAUAGUGACCUUAACGUCACGUCAACAGGACGAAAGUGCAGUUGCAGAUUGCAAAGAUUCGGGGCUGCCACCUCCAGGUGAAGCUGUGAGUUCAGAAGAGCAGACUGAAAGCACUGAAAGUAGACAUGUCAGCCCCACCCAGUUGCUCCUGGAGAUGGUUGAUCCUUCUGCUGGAGGGACUGGACAGGUUUUAGAUGGAAAGGAAAUGUCCUCUACAGAAGAGAUACGUGAACAUGGGGAAAGCCAAACAAAAUCAGAGCCCAGUUCUGACACAUUCAAAGAGAGCGACUUGAACGAGGGAGAGUGUCCGAAAAAGAUAGGAAAACGGGGACCAAAACCCAGGACUGUGCAUGCGUGCACCCACUGUGGCCAUGAGUUUCGGGACAAGCCCAGUCUGGUGACUCAUGUCAAGAGACGCCACACAAAAGAGAUGAGCUAUUUCUGUGAGCUGUGCUCCUAUGCCUGCGUCGCCAAAUGCGAUUACGAAAAGCACUGUGUGAGCAAUAAGCACAAAAGAAGAGUCGCAGAAAACAGUGAGACGUCGAGGCCUUUGCUCCCUCCGGAUCGUAAUGAGACGGAGGAGCAGCAGGACCAGCGUGGAGGUGCUCAGGCAACUCCGACUCGGGCAGUAAAGCGCUCAGCCAGCGGCAGGCCACAGCUGCAGUGCGGGAGCUGUGCUUUCAGGGCCAGCACUUCCGCCCUACUGGAGAGUCACGCUAGACUGAAGCACCCAGCUGAGCACCGCUUCCACUGCAAGGCCUGCCACUAUUACACUGCCACCACUGAGGGCAUGGAGGCCCACUUAGCCGGCGAAGCCCAUCAACGGGUUGCCAAGGAGAAAAACAUAGGAGCCUCGUACGAGGACUGCGUCGAGAAGGUUUUGGUGAUCCUGUCGCAGAAUGUCCAGAGGACGAGUGAUGGGGGGGCAGACGCGGAUGGCGAAGCACCUGAGGACGUGAAGGAAGCUGGGAUUGAUGAGAUGCAGGAAGCAGAGCAAGCAGUGGAAGCCGUGUCCACUGAUGAGAAGAGCGAGGAUGGCUCCCCAGCCAAAAGGAAGAGGGGAAGACCAAAGGUGGCAAACGUAACAACAUGCCACUACUGUGGGCUCGUCGCUUCCAACGCAACUAACCUUAGUGUGCACAUACGUCGCAGGCACAGUCACCAGUACAGCUAUGCUUGCAAACUCUGCAGCUAUUACUGUGUGACAAAAGGGGAUAUGGACCGUCACUGUGUCACCAAAAAGCACCUUAAGCGUUCCGAGGCUGCUGGCAGUGCAGACGCUGUCGUACAAGUUCUGAGCGUGAACCAAGCUGGAAAAGAUGGUGAGGACGAGGCAAUGCAAGUGGAUGGGCCCGAUGAUGUAGGGACUAGCCAAUCUGAAGGAGAUGCUACCAUGGCAGAGUCAGUGGCAGAUAGUGAGACGCCUUCCCAAACAACAGACAAAUCUGACGCUCAGAGCAGCCCAAACGCAAAUAGCUUUCCCCUGAAGAAGAGCAAGUAUGACUCGGUCAAUUCUUGUGCGCACUGUGACUUCGUGGCCCACUCCAUUCCAUCACUUGAACUCCACGUAAAGAGGAAGCACACCAAAGAUUUCGAGUUUGUGUGCCUGGCGUGCAACUACUACGCAGUGACCCGCAGAGAGAUGUCACGCCACGCGUCCACAGACAAGCACAAACAGAAGAGUCAGCUCUAUCAAGAAAGGAGCUCAGGGAAAGACGUUGAUGCAUCGAACAACAGUGAAAAGCUACGCAAUGCUGCUGAGCUUGUAGUGCUUGUAGAGCCUCCUGCUACGGAGCAAGUCCAGGCAUCAGAAGCAGAAUCGGAACACUGUGAAUCUGUUCCUGAUCAAACUGCUGUUACACCAAACGCUGAGGUUUCCGGUGAUCAAGUAAAAGAAACAGUGACCUCGGAGGAUGGUGUGAAUGAUGAAAAAGUGUCUGAGAUAAAAGGUCACGAAGUGGCCCAAGACUCUGCUGUGACCGAAGAUGCAGUUACAAUAAAACUAGACCCAAAUGACACCGAAACAGUCCUGGAUGCCCCACCUGUGAAGGACACUCUAGAAAGGGAAACAGAGCCAGAGGAGGAAGGCUUGGAUGAUUAUGAUGAGGAAGAGGAAGAUCUGAUCGAGGGCAAAUGUGACGGCUCUUUUGCCGAUAAGCAGUUGGUCAGAGCAAUCCCGUUUGAUUCAUGUAUCAUCGCUCUGAAGGGUUUGCAGGAAGGUGAGUCAACCCAGCAGGAUGGCAUCACAAGUUUAGGAGGUGCUACUAGCAGUAUUAUGGUGACUGGUGUCUCCAGUCCUAUGAAAGUCCGGAGAAGCAAAUCACUGUGCCCCGCUACUCGGGGGUUGACACCUGGUCAGCGAAUCAGGUGUGAGGACUGUGGCUUCAUGGCCGAUGGCCUUAGUGGUCUAAAUGUUCACAUCUCAAUGAAACACCCAUCAAAAGACAAGCACUUUCAUUGCCUGUUAUGUGGCAAGUCCUUCUACACCGAGAGUAACCUGCACCAACACCUGACGAGCGCGGCUCACCUCCGCAACGAGCAGGCCAGCAUUGAGGAGCUCCCCGAGGGUGGUGCCACCUUCAAGUGCGUCAAGUGCAACGACCCCUUCGAGACGGAGCAGGAACUGUUUGUGCACAUCAAAGAGAAGCACGAGGAGCUGCUGCGGGAGGUCAACAAGUACGUUCUGGAGGACACGGAGCAGAUCAACCGCGAACGCGAGGAGAACCAGGGCAGCGUGUGCAAGCACUGCGGCAAGGUGUGCAAGAGCAGCAACUCCAUGGCCUUCCUUGCCCACGUGCGCACCCAUACAGGAUCCAAACCCUUCCGCUGUAAGAUCUGUAACUUCGCCACUGCCCAGCUCGGCGACGCUCGCAACCACGUGAAACGACACCUGGGAAUGAGGGAAUACAAGUGCCACGUCUGCGGGUGGGCCUUUGUCAUGAAGAAGCACCUGAGCACACACCUGCUGGGGAAGCACGGCGUAGGACGACCCAAAGAGAGGAAGUACGAGUGUGACCUGUGUGACCGCUCGUUCAGUGAGCGCUGGGCCUUGAACAACCACAUGAAGCUGCACACGGGGGACAAGCCUUUCAAGUGCGCCUGGCCCUCUUGCCACUACGCCUUCCUCACCCUCUCCGCCAUGAAGGACCACUACCGCACCCACACAGGAGAGAAGUCCUUUCUGUGUGACCUCUGUGGCUUCGCUGGUGGCACUCGUCAUGCCCUCACCAAACACCGGCGUCAACACACAGGUGAGAGGCCGUUCAGGUGCCACCUGUGUAACUUCGCCUCCACCACGCAGUCGCACCUGACCCGGCACAAGCGCGUGCACACGGGCGAGAAGCCCUACCGCUGCCCCUGGUGUGAUUACAGAUCCAACUGUGCGGAGAACAUCCGCAAGCACAUCCUGCACACGGGCAAGCACGAGGGAGUGAAGAUGUAUAACUGCCCCAAGUGCGACUACGCCACCAACGCCCCCAUGGAGUUCCGCAACCACCUGAAGGAGAUGCACGCCGAUAUAGAGAACCCAGACCUGGCGUAUCUGCACGCAGGCAUCGUGUCCAAGUCCUUUGAGUGUCGCCUGAAGGGCCAGGGAGCCUCCUUCGUCCAGGCGGAGACGGUCUUCAUUCCUGAAGACGCGUCCUCGUCGGCUGCUGCCACUCUGUGCCGGAUCGGCACGUCGGGUCUGGAGGGCUUGGGCUCGGAGGCGGUGCAGCAGGUCAUCAUCAUCCAGGGCUACGACGGGUCCGGCGGCAACCUGGCGGUGGAGCAGGCUCUGGAGGAGUCGGCGGCCGCCACGCUCCAGACCCUCGCCAUGGGCGGCCAGGUGGCCGAGGUGCUGCACAUCACCGAGGACGGCCAGCUCAUCACCUCCUCCGGUCGCCCGGCGUCCGCCGCCGGCACCACGCACAUCCAGCUGCCGCACGGGACCACGCAGUACGUGCUGGUGGAGUCCAGCGGCCAGGCUGCAGCCACGGCGGCGGCCAUCUUGGAGGGGCAGGGGGCCACCGUAGUGGGAGGGGGCCGGGUGGAGGCGCACGGUCACACGGUGGUGUCCGAGUCGUCAACGUCGUCGGCGCUGGACGCGCUGCUGUGCGCGGUGAGCGAGCUGGGCCAGAGGGGCGCCGGCGUCGGCGCUGGCAACGGCGGGGAGGAAGAGGUCGUCACCACCACGGUCGGGGACGGAGAGAUCGUCACCACCACGGUCGGGGACGAAGAGGGCGCUGAGGAGGAAGAGGAGGUCAGAGAGGAAGUCACCGAGGGAGAGGUGCAGGUCUACAGGGAGGUGAUGGAAGGGGAGGAGGAGGGGUCUGAGGAGGUGGGCAUGGUGACCCAGGUGGUUGGCCACGCCGCGUCGAACGCGCGCCACGACGAGAUGGUGCAGGAGGUGCUGCAGUUCGCCGCCAGCCAGCUGAUGAUGAAGGAGGGCCUCACGCAGGUCAUCGUCAACGACGAAGGCACGCACUACAUCGUCACGGAGCUGGACGACUCCACCCUGCAGCUGGAGGGCACCGUCUACACCCAGAGCACCGAGGUAGAACAGGAGGAGGAGGUGGCUGAAGAGGAGGCCCAGGACACCGAAGAGAGGGUGGUGGUCUACACUGAGGAGGCCCCUCAUGGUGACCAUCAGGAGGGAUGAGGACAGAGGAUAGGGCCCUAGUCUCUGUCAGCACAUGGCAGCAGCAGCUGUGGGGCCCAAUCCCUGGGGCCCUAGUCUCUGUCAGCACAUGGCAGCAGCAGCAGUGGGGCCCAAUCCCAGGGCCCCUUCCCAAGUCAACCACUGCCUGUCAGAUCAACAUGGGUUUGCAUUCGCAUCUGGAGCUUGUGCGGCAGGUAACUCAGGACAUCACCCAGGGCUUGACCUAAGAGGGGGAAUCUUCCAUAAGGGGCAGGGUGCUGAUGGGCUUCUGGAUCUAUUAGAAUGCUAUUGGUGUGAGACUGCGUCACUGGGGAGCAAUACCAUCAUCAAUACUCAGCCCUUUAGUCAACUAACGAAUUCAAAGUUUUUUUUUGUCAUUAGUCAUUUCAGGUUCAGUUACAAUACAUUGGGAAAGAAUGUGUUGUUUAUUUAAUUGCUUUUGAAAUAGGUAUUUAGUUCCAUUGUUUUGUUGACACACUUGAAUCACUUGAGUUUGUUGAAUGCUAAUUUUAUUUGCUUUGUGAUUUGUGUUUUACAUUUUGUAAUUUAAUAUUUGAUCUCACAUGGAUGUAAAUGCGGGCGAAGCUGACAGACGCAGUUUGUGACGGAGGCGUGACGUGAGGCUGUGCUCCUUGGCUUGAGGUUCACAAGAGAUUCCAUUCACAGUUUGCGUUUUGAUGUUUUGAACAUCACUGUCGCAUUUUUUUUUUUUUUUAAAGCUCAUUUGUGCUGCCAGAACUCUUCGAAAGCCUUUCGAAGUACCACCAAAAACCAGACUCAGGAAGGCACGACUAUCAUUUGAAAACAUUCUGUCCCUUGUAUAUCAAUUGAGGACAUUACUGGUCUGAAUGAACACCUAAACCAGAGACUUCUAUGCAUUGCGACAGUGUCAAAAGCUGUUCUUUCUCCACACGAUAUUAUCUGGAUUGGAAGUGCUCAGAAUACCAUACCAUAUAUUUCUCUGCAGAGUUCUCUCCCACUCUUUGGCAACUUGAUCAGUUCAAUUCAUAGGAUUCUUUAAAAUGAGGUUUUGUUUCUUGAACAAUCAUUCUGUGUGUUUUGACAGUGGUCUGAAGCAGAGACACAACAUGAAAAUUGUUUUCUUUUUGCUGGCAGUCCUCUUCAAAUAAAGCUUGAUUUGUAAUGUUUCA